CUCUGCUAUGCGUGGUCAACUGUAAUUCUGUGCAUGGUUUCACUAGGGAUUUUACUUUUCUUUUUCCUCUUAAUCCCAUUUAGUAGCUAAAUCAAUUUAUUUGGGAACGUUUUUGAAAUCAUUGUGGGCAAAAAGAAUUGCAUAAUCUGAAAGACUGAACUAAAAAAAAUAAAAGGGAGAAGGCAAAAUUUAAUUAAGCAUGCGGAGGAGCUGCUGCCGGAGCUUGCUGGGGUAGUGGAGGAGACUGGAGGGAAGAAAAACAUUAACAUUAAUAUUUUCUUUUCAACGUUGAUUUUAAUAUUUUCAUGUGUCCCCAGGAAGACCAUUGAAUUCUAACCUUAGCAUCAUCACGUCACCAACCCCAAGAGUCAAGAACCACAGAAAGUAAAAAACUUAACAUGAAUUGAAUCGGAGAGAUACAGUACAUACCCAAGAUCAUAAACUCAUCUGGGUCUUUCUCAUUUACCCAAAAUCUUUGUUAAAACAUGGAAGAAUCCCAGUUAGAAAGGAACCCAAGAAAUGGUUUCUUGGCUUCGGUGUUGAGACCAAUAAAUUGGCUAAAAAUGCUUGGUGAAGAGUUGCAUUGGAGUUUUGUGCUAGGAGUUAUGAUUGUUUAUGGGAUCAGUCAGGGAUUUGCAGUUGGCAUGAGUAAAGUUAGCACUAAGUACUAUAUGAAAGAUGAGCAGAAGGUACAGCCAUCUGAAUUACAGGUGUAUUUGGGGUUGCUUCAACUUCCUUGGGUAAUUAAGCCUUUAUGGGGUCUCCUCACCGAUACACUUCCUGUUCUUGGGUACAGAAGGCGGCCUUAUUUCAUUUUUGCAGGUUUUCUUAGCGUGACCUCGAUGCUUGCUCUAUCAAUCCAAAGAAACUUGAGUCUUGCAUUUUCCCUAUUGUCUCUAAUGGGGGUAAGUGCUGGGAUAGCAAUAGCGGAUGUAGCCAUUGAUGCCUGUGUGACACAAAACAGCAUAAGUCAUCCUUCUUUAGCUGGUGAUAUGCAAAGCUUGUGUGGAUUCAGCUCUUCCAUUGGAGCACUGGUGGGCUAUUCACUCAGUGGCUUUUUGGUUCAUCUAGUUGGCCCAAAGGGUGUGUUUGGGCUUCUCAGUGUGCCAGCAGGCCUGGUUAUCUCUGUUGGAAUGAUGCUGAAAGAAUCCCGUGUUCAUAAAUUUACGCACAGAGGAGUACAUGAGAAGUUUCUGGAUGCUGGUAAGGCCAUGUGGACAGCACUGAAAUUCCGUGAUGUAUGGAGGCCAUGUCUAUACAUGUACUUGUCACUUGCAGUGAGCUUGAAUAUUCAUGAAGGGAUGUUCUAUUGGUAUACAGAUGCGAAGGGAGGUCCAUCAUUUUCGCAGGAGGUUGUUGGGUCCAUAUUCUCGGUGGGUGCAGUUGGCUCCCUCUCUGGGGUCCUUAUCUACCAAAAUUGGUUGAAAGACCAUCGUUUUCGCGACUUACUUUUCUGGUCACAGUUAUUGUAUGGUGCAUCAGGGUUGCUAGAUUUGAUAUUGGUGUUGCGUCUGAACUUGAAAAUUGGUUUACCUGAUUAUUUCUUUGUUGUGAUUGAUGAAGCCAUUUCUAUGAUGAUUGGACGCAUUAAAUGGCAGCCUCUUCUUGUACUUAGUUCCAAGCUUUGCCCUGCUGGUAUAGAGGGCACUUUCUUUGCUUUGCUCAUGUCAAUAGACCAUGUUGGUUUGCUUUCAUCAACUUGGGUAGGAGGUCUCUUACUCAAAUUCUUGAAGGUUACACGGACACAAUUUGACAACCUUUGGGUGGCUAUUUUAAUCCGGAGCCUAAUGAGAAUAAUUCCAGUUUUCCUGCUGUUUCUGAUACCUAGAAGCGAUCCAAACUUAUCCAUUCUUCCAGAAGAGAUGUUGAAGACGAAAAAAGGUGACAAUAGACUUGAAUCUGAAAACACCGAGAUGGUCUCCCUCGUUGAUAGCACUUGAAUGGCGUCACUUAAACCAACAAGAUAAAAAUGCUUCUAGGAGCCUGACAGUUUCUGAAUGAAGACGCGAUUAAAUCCUCAAUUUUGGCUUCCAAGGAAGAUUUUUAUGUUCAUUUGCUUAGAAUUACUAUUGUUGAUGCAUCACCUUGAGAACACAAAGGCUUCUCCACUAGAAGUUCAAAACAGGACAUUACUUUCUGCUGCAGGCUGUCAACAGAGAGUCCCGUGGAAUGCCUCUUGUCAGAAGUCAUCCCUCCUUGAUAUUGCUUUCAAUAUAGAAGACAAUGUUAUUCUUUGAUUGUCUGAUAUUUCUGGUGGACAACAACAUUUCAGAGAUAAGAUCAAGUCCAUCCUGCCACGGUCAAAAUCUAAUUUUCACGAACUCUGGAAUCAAUUUGAACAAUAGACAUUAUUCUCGGACAUUAUUGAAGAUAAUAGCUCCAAAUUAACAUUCAAAAA